AACACAUUCGUUUUGGUUUUGAGCGAAAAUUUUGAAACUCUGGUUUUUCAAUUUAUACGUUUUACACCUAAAUAUUGUCAAAUAGAGACGCAUUUAGAUCUGUGAUUUUGAAAAUGGGCACUAUGGAGGAUCCCACACUAGAGAGGCAUUUUAAAGGCCACAAGGAUGCCAUCACAAGCGUGGAUUUCAAUCCCAACAUGAAGCAAUUGGCGUCCGGUUCGUUGGACAACUGUGUUAUGGUGUGGAACUUCAAGCCACAGAUGAGAGCAUACAGAUUCGUUGGCCACACGGACGCCAUCACGUGUGUGCAGUACUCUCCGUCCGGACAGCUCCUUGCCUCUGCGUCGCGAGACAAGACCGUGCGCGUGUGGAUACCCAGUGUGAAGGGGGAAUCGACGUCCUUUAAGGCUCACACUGCAACCGUGAGGAGUGUUGAUUUUAGCAGCGAUGGACAGAACAUAGCAACAGCAUCCGACGACAAAUGUAUAAAGGUGUGGAUCCUUCAUCGACAGAAGUUUCUGUAUUCUCUCAGCGGUCACCAGAACUGGGUCCGAUCCGCCAAGUUCUCGCCGGACAGCCGUAUGAUCGUGUCAGGCAGCGACGACAAGUCGGUGAAAAUAUGGGACCAGACGAGCAAGCUGUGUGUGCAUUCGUUCAGCGACCUGGGCGGCAUCGUCAACCAGGUGGCAUUCCAUCCGAGCGGGACGUGCGUUGCCGCGGCGACGUCAGACUGCUGCGUCAGGGUGUGGGACGUGCGCAUGAACAAACUUUUGCAGAAGUACCAAGCGCACAGUGGUGGCGUAACGAGUCUAUCCUUCCAUCCGUCCGGUAACUACAUGAUUACAUCGUCCAACGACUCGACGCUCAAGGUGCUUGACCUUCUUGAAGGUCGUCUGUUCUACACACUACACGGUCACCAGGGUCCCGUCACGUGUACGGCGUUCUCACGACAAGGAAACUACUUUGCGUCCGGCGGCUCAAACGAUCAGGUGAUGGUGUGGAAGACAAACUUCGACUCGGUGGAUUACUCGGAGGUUCUGAGCUCUCACCGUCGCAAAUCGCGUUCACACGUCCGUCCCGCGUCGCUACCCUGCGACCAAGCCGCGUCGCCGCCGCCGCCGCCCGUCACCAUGGCAACCACCGACGCAGCUACGCAGCGGGACACGACGCAGGAUCACGCGGACGACGACGACGGGGGGAGCCAGCAGAACAUGUCGCCGCAGCUCGAGAACACGCUCUCACAGGUCGUGCGACAACUAGACAUCCUGACGCAGACGGUGUCGAUCCUGGAACAGCGACUCACGAUGACAGAGAACAAGCUGAAGGAGGUGGUGGAGAAGGAUGAGGUUCCCUCGUAUGCUCACCAACGCUAACUCCUCCUCUCUCCAUGAUGCAUCAGCUAUACCCCUCACUUCUCUCACCCUCCUCUCUCCACUGCGUGUCUCCUAUAUAUACCCCUCACUUCUCUCACCCUCCUCUCUCCACUGCGUGUCUCCUAUAU